UGUGGUGCUAGAGAUCACAGUCAAAUUUUACCAGGAGGAGCCAUAUUGGAGUCGUGAUCCGUGGUGCCAGCUGAGAGACGUCUUCAACUACGGGGCCUGCAACACGUCCACCUGGCUGGUUGUGGUGUUCACCGCGGAGCGCUUCAUAUCCAUCCAGACGUGGACCAUGAAGGCCAAAUUCUGCACGCCGCGCAACGCCUUGAAGGCUAUCGCCAUAGUCUUAUUUGUCGCCCACCUCCUGUCCAUACCCUACUACUGGUUCAACGUCUCAGUCUACAAUCAGAACCAGAGCAUAUGGGUCUGUGUUUAUGACCGUAGCGCCCCCCACGGUUAUGUGCACACCAUGGUGUGGGCACAGACGCUUGUGUCCUUCGUCCUGCCUUUCCAAAUCAUCCUCACCCUCAACGGGUUGACCCUGCGGAAGAUCUCCCUCAGCAACCGGGUCCACAUUGUGGCGGCCAAUGCCCUGAGCCCGGAGGCCUACCGGGUGAUGCCCCUGGUGCGCUCCAGGAAAAGGAAGUCCAUAGUUCUCCUAGUGACCGUGUCCAUGAGCUUUGUGCUGCUCUCUGCCACCCGCGCCAUCACCCAGAUCAUCCUGCGCAUCGUCUACUUUGGCCUGGAUCGGAAUGACUACAGUCGACAGAUCAACGUGGCGGCUGACAUCGGCAACAUGCUGAGACUCACGAAUGCUUCCGUCAAUAUGUACCUUUACGCCUGCACCCAGGCCAGGUUCCGCCAGGAGUUCAUGGCCUUUUUCCGAAAGGUUUUCUCUCAUUGCAAGAUUGGCAAAACCGUACGCAGCCACGAUCCGGGUGUUUGCCAUUUCUAG